CCUUCUUCACUCAAGCUUUUUAAUGUGGGAACUGCCAGCCCUGUAGGUUUUGGAGACAGCGAGUAGUUCGAUGAUGAUCAACAGUUGGAGUUUAUGUCCAGGAGUUUUUAAGUUUCCUUUAGUUUGUUCUUGUUGGUUCCUGACAGGGAGAUAAAGAUGCUGGUGGUGUUUGGGAUCUUUCUUUACGUUUCCCAUCAUUCCCUGGCUGGGAUAGUAGAGGUGCAUGAAGGGGCGGAGUCUGUCCAGCUGCCCUACCAGUACUCCGGUGAUAUACCUGAAGUCAACCCCUCAGUUUUAUGGACUCGAAAUGAUCUCAACCCUAAAAUCAUCCACCGACAAAGAGAAGAAGGAGCUGAUCCUUCAGACCAAAACCAGCUGUACAGAAAACGGACCUCAAUGAAUCCUGACUUUCUAGAUACCGGAAACUUCCGGCUCACUCUGAGAAAACCUCAACUGUCUGAUAGUGGAAACUACACCUGCACCAUCUCUGAUGGAAGAGUAGAACUAAAACUGGCACAGGUUCAGCUGGAGGUCAAAGACAGCCUCACUGAGGUGAAGGUGAAGGAAAAGGCGGAGUCUGUUAUUCUGCCCUGUAGAACCAAAGCUGUCCUGAAUAAGGAGACGCUAGGACCCGCGAGGAAGAACCUGACCACCACGCACUCGCCAACGAACCCCAACCCCAGGCCUGGCUCCAGGGUGGGGUAUCAAAUACUUGUUCUCCCCACUGUAGGUACUUCUGGGGAUCAAUGA